AUGGCUGUAAGCGGGUGCUGGAGCAUGAUGAAAGGCGGGUUACACGUGAAUGCCUCUGGCUCGGCCCAUCUCUAUUUCGAGUCCGAGAAUACAGACGUAGAGAUUUGGGCGGAUAGCAUUUCGUUGCAAUCGUUCACCCAUGAAGAGUGGAAAUCUCACCAACAACAAAACGUGGAAAGAAGCCGGAAAAAGAUUGUGAAAUUCGAGGUAUUGGACAAUGAGGGAUUUCCGGUGGAGAAUGCGACAGUGAGCAUAAGCCAGCUCUACCAUAAGAUCCCUGUGGGCUGCGCCAUCAACCAAAACAUCCUUGGAAACCAGGCCUACCAAGACUGGUUCACAUCAAGAUUCUCGUACACGGUGUUUGAAGACGAGAUGAAAUGGUACUCCACCGAGCCAUCCCAGGGCGUGGAGAACUACGCGGUGGCGGACUCCUUGAUCCAGUUUGCGCAAAACCACGGCAUUUCUGUGCGAGGACACAACAUUUUGUGGGACGACCCCAAGUAUCAGCCCAGUUGGGUCUCUGGGCUCUCUGGAGAGGCCCUUCAGGAGGCGGCUAACCGGAGGGUUGAAUCGGUGAUGAGUCGAUACCAGGGGAAGUUGAUCCAUUGGGACGUGAUGAACGAGAAUCUACACUUCCACUUUUACGAAGACAAGUUGGGACCCUCUGCUUCGACUAAUUUCUACCAGAGGGCGAGCCAGUUAGACGGGCAGGUGACCCUUUUCAUGAAUGACUUCAACACAAUCGAGGAACCCGGAGACUAUGCAUCCUCACCGGCUAAUUACGCGCAGAAGAUACAGGGUUUGAAGGCCAGUGGAUUAAUCAAGUUAGGUAUCGGGCUGGAGAGCCAUUUCCCACACCAAGAGCCCAACCUUCCCUACAUUAGGGCUUCGAUAGAGACGCUUGCGGCCCAGGGGGCGACCAUUUGGGUCACGGAGCUGGAUGUCGCGCAGGGGUACAACCAGGCAACGUAUCUAAGCAAGAUUAUAGACGAGCUUCAUUCCAACCAGGCCGUGCAGGGGAUGAUGUUCUGGUCCGCUUUCAAACCGCAGGGCUGCUACCAAAUGUGCCUUACCGACGGUAAUUUCAACAACCUGCAAACAGGGAAUGUCGUGGAUAACUUUCUUAAUCAGUUGAAGCAUGCGUAUGAUUCGAUGUCCGGAACUACAGACUCGAAUGGCUUCUUCCAAAAGUCCCUUUACCAUGGUAAGUAUGAGGUCAGGAUAAGCCACCCGGAUCGACCCGGUCAAGAUGAUGUACAUCACAUUCAUGUCCUGCCACAACAACAUCGUCAAAAUUUUGAUGAUGAUCACAGGCCAUACCAGCUGCAUACAGUUACUCUCGCCCCUACUACUGCUAAUAAUCACAAUUAA